UCUUUAUCACCUGUGAAUGUUGUAGUCCACCCAUACUUUGUGUGGUUUCUACUGGUGAACAGGCUAACACCUAACAUUUGGGUGUUCCUUUCAACAACAGGAGGAAGUUAACUUUUCUUUGGAAAGACUUGGAGUAGUGUAUGUUUUUGGACAACAUGAGGUGCUCCAUACUGAAGGGAUUCCUGAUGGUUUUGCUAACACAACACAGCACAUCUGAAGGCAUGUCUGCCCCCAUUCAGUACCCAACUGAGGCUGCCUACCAAGAUGGUCAGACCUUUCCCCAGGAACCAGAACUGCCCAUUGCAGAAAUUGUGCCUUUAGUGUCCACUCCCAGCUUGAAGGACGUUCAGCAGGCAAUGCAAGAAGCCUCAGAGCAAGUGAAGGGCCGUGGAGCAGAAGAAGUGAUAAAAGAACUGCUUGAGAGGGUGGUAGAGGCAGCUCUGGGUCAGGUGGAAGCAGCUAUUCAAGCAAAAGAUAUAGCUGUGGAGAAGGAAGGGGUAGAAGAAGUUGCUCAGGUAGAGAGUGAAGCUGAGGAAGAAUCUGAAACAUUGAAACCACCCCAAGAGGGGACGAAUAGGACUCUUGAGAAAAGAGAUAAUGGUUUUGAGAAGAGUGAGGUAGAAGCAAGGGUGGAUACAUUUAUAAAUGUAGCUGGAGGGGGUAAAGAAGUUGUCAAGGAAGAAGGGGAAAAAGUAGCUGGAUCUGUUGAGGAGACGACAGACAGAGCAGCAGUGAGUUUGGAGGUUACUGGUGAGUCAUUAUUGGAAACUAUAUUAACUCAAGAGGAUGUGGAUGGAGCCUUAGAGGAGACAGAAGGGGAUUUAGAGGCAGGGAAGACGGACAGCGAGGAGCAGGUUGUGUUGAUAGUUCUAAAGAAUGCCACUGAAAGAGAAACACAGGAUGGAGAGGAAACACCAGCCACUGUGGAGGUGGCAGUGGGCGUACAGCCAGAGCAGGAAAAAGAGGAAGAAUCUAAAGCUGGCCUUGGAGUGGUUGAUGAAGAACAGACAGAGAAUAGCAGAAGAAAGGAAGCAGCUCUGCUUGAGAUAAGUCAAACAGACCACACAGAUGGAGAGAAAGCAUUACCUCAUCCUAAUGAUCAUGUAAUACAAAUAAAACCCGUCUUUGGAGAACCGAUAAAAGAGGAGAAAGCGGGCAGGAGAGAAGAGAACAUGGAUGAACUAGAAAAACCCGAUGACAAUGGCUUAGUGGAGAGAGAGAAGACAGAAGCAGAAGGUACAGAUUUAAGGACAGUAAAAGUAGAGGCAAAAUAUGGUGAGGUUGUAAUCAAGGAAGGAUCAGUGGCACUGGUGGUUGAAGGAGGUGACAAUGCUGAAGAGGAGGAGCAAAUUGCUUUGGAGGAUUCAGAGGACAAUAAAGAGGAUCAAGCAGCACUGGUGAUCCCUGGUCCACAAUCUGAAGAGAGUAGGAAAGACUCCACAGAAAAGAGACCUGAAAACCAGCCCUCUACCACAAACCCAUCAUUUGGUGCUGGUACAACUGAAUAUAACACUCUCACUGAGGUGAAAUCUAACCAUCAGAGCAGGACAAUCACCUCAAAUCCCGGAUUUUUGCCACACAACCAUGGCAGGAUCCAACCCACACUAGAUAAGUUUGAAAACAAUAUUUUUGCUGAAUAUCAUCAGGAAAAAGGAGAGAAACCAAAUGGAAUCAGGGAUGCAGUGGAAGUUACACCUGGAAAAACAGAUAAGAAUGAGCAAGGCCUUGAGGCAUGGAAGACUGGGGCUAUUUUUACUGCAGUCUUCUUGGUUUUGGAGACCGUCGUCAUCGUUAUCUACGUCCUCAAAUGUCGGAAUAAGAAAAGCACACCAGCCGUGCAGCAGGCCUGUGAGGAAGCAUGUGUUGAACCAGAGACAGAGAUGGGAGGCGACUGCAGUGACGACACUCUGACAGAAGACAACGAAAACUCUCAAGAGAUAACCAGACUCGACCCAUCUGAUGUGGCUUCAGCCUUGGCCAUAGAAAGGGAAAAGCAAAAAGAUGAAGAUGUAGUAGCCAUGUCAAACCGCUCACUAAGCUCCAUAGAGAUGCUGCCCAGUCCAGGACCAGGAUUAAACUCUUUACAAGACAUCAGGACUUCCAUAUAA